AUGGCGCCUGAUAUCAACCAGCUGGCCAAUUGGUCAACCGACGGAUAUCCAAACAAUGGAGUACCUCGGGGUGACUACGAGAUCCCAGACAUUGUUCUUGAUGGGCCAUACACCCGCAAAGUUCGUGUUCUUUCAAUUGGUGCAGGUGUAACUGGAAUCAUGAAUGCCUACCAUAUCCAGAAACAUCUCGAGAAUGUCGAGCAUGUAAUCUAUGAGAAGAAUGAAGACAUUGGAGGAACUUGGUUGGAAAACAGGUAUCCCGGAUGUGCUUGUGACAUUCCGUCCCACGCAUAUACGUUUCCGUUCGCCUUGAAUCCCGAAUGGCCCCGGUUCUUUUCGUAUUCUCCCGACAUUUGGAAGUAUCUGGACAAAGUCUGCGAGGUUUUUGGACUGCGGAAGUACAUGACCUUCAAGACCGAGGUGGUCGGAUGUUACUGGCAACAGGAGACUGGAGAGUGGCUCGUCAAGCUGAAGCAGACGAAUGCCGACGGCACAACCAGGCUGUUUGAAGACAGGUGCAACGUACUACUUCACGGCACGGGAAUCUUGAACAACUUCAAGUGGCCCAAUAUAGAGGGCAUGGAGAAAUUCAAGGGCCGCAUCAUUCAUACCGCCCGGUGGCCAAAGGACUAUCAGGCUGAUGAAUGGAAGAAGGACAGAGUCGCCAUCAUUGGAUCCGGAGCCUCAAGUAUCCAAACGGUGCCAACCAUGCAACCUCACGCUAAACAUCUCGAUAUCUUUGUCAGGACGGGUGUCUGGUUUGUCCAAAUCGCCAACAACUUUGGCGCCAAUCACGAAUAUACGAGCGAGCAAAGGACUGACUUCCGUGACCCAUACAAGCUCGUUGAGCAUGCGAAGUCAAUCGAGGACCAAGUCAAUGGGUUGUGGGGAAUGUUCUAUAAAAAUUCCCAAGCCCAGGCACAAGGACAGGCUGCGAUGAAGGCACGAAUGGCCGAUUUCAUCAAGGACAAGAGAUUGCUUGAGGGAUUCACUCCCAAGUUCGGCAUUGGCUGCCGCAGAGUUACUCCUGGCGACCCUUAUAUGGAGGCGAUUCAGAAAGAAAACGUUGAUGUGCACUUCACCCCAGUGACCAAGAUCGACGAGACCGGCGUCAUUGGGGAAGAUGGCAUCCAUCGUGAAGUCGAUACAAUUGUAUGCGCCACGGGCUUCGACGUGUCUUACCGUCCUCGCUUCCCUAUCGUGGGACAAAAUGGCAUCGACCUUGCCGACAAGUGGAAGGUCUGUCCGGAAGGAUAUCUCGGCCUUGGUAUUCCUGGAUUCCCCAAUUUCCUCACCUUCAUCGGGCCAAACUGGCCUGUUGAGAACGGAAGCGUCAUGGGUCCGUUGCUGUAUGUGUCGUAUUACGCACUUGAGAUGAUCAAGAAGAUUCAGACCCAGUACAUAUGCAGUCUGUCUCCGAAGCAGGAUGUGACGGACGCAUUCAACGAUCAUUGCCAAGAGUGGAUGAAGCAUACCGUCUGGGUAGAGGAAUGUCGAUCCUGGUACAAGAACAACGAGACUGGUCGGGUCAACGCCGUAUGGCCUGGCAGCUCACUGCAUUAUAUCGAGCUAAUCCAAACCCCACGAUGGGAGGAUUACGAUAUUGAAUACCUCGGACCAGGAAAGAAAAACAUGUGGGCAUUCUUGGGCAUGGGCACCGUGAAGGCGCUCGUCAACAAGGAGGACCCUUCGCCGUAUCUUAACGUCGAGGCUAUUGACCCGGCCUGGAUGAAGGCUAUGGGCAUAGAUGCGGGCAAACUCGCCGAGACCAAGAUUGGUGAGUUAAAGACCAAACACGAAGAGCUGGGGGAGAAGAGCAAGAAACUUGUCGAGAGGACCGCAAUCUCAGCCAAUGGCGCAUAG